AUGCUCAAAAAAACCUUCAACGAAGACGCCAACAGCACCGAAACAUUCAUGGUCGCCAACCGCACAAUCGGCACAGGGCUAACCUCGUGCGCCGUCAUCUCCUCCUGGCUAUACAGCUCCGCUCUGCUCGGCGCAACACUGCUGACAUACAGCUACGGGCUUGCCCUGGGCGUCUGGUGGGGAGCCUCGGCCAGCACGAUGAUUACGCUGAUGGCCUACCUCGCGAUCCAAGCAAAGCGCCGCGCACCGAAUGCGCAUACACUCCUUGAGAUCAUCAAAGUGCGCUAUGGAACCCGCGCGCAUCAGCUUUGGAUCUUCCUGUGUCUGUUGAAUAACACGUUUGUGUUUACGAGCAUGAUUGUUGGGUCGAGUACGAGUGUUAGUGCAUUGACUGGAAUGAAUGUUAUCGCGUCCUCGUACUUGCUUCCGCUUGGUGUUGCUGUCUAUACGUACUUUGGCGGACUCAAGGCGACUUUCCUCACCGACUACGUUCAUACGUUCAUCAUCAUGAUAAUCAUCUGUUGGUUCACCACCAAGGUGAUAACCGUCAACGAAAUCGGCUCAAUCGGCGCAUUGUAUGACGCCGUCGUCCUCGCUGGAAAAGAAAAGCCCGUUGCAGGUAACUACCAGGGCUCCUACCUAACCAUGCGAAGCGAACAAUGCCUAUACUUCGGCAUCCUGCACGUAACCGGCAACGUCGGCGCCGUGAUCAUGGACACGGGCUUCUGGCAAAAGGGCUUCUCUGCAGACUUUGCAGCUACAGUCCCGGGGUACAUUCUCGGCGGCGUGGCCUCUUUCUCUGUUCCGUGGGCGUUCGGCACGAUCGUUGGCCUCGCUGCACUCGCGCUGGAGAAGACGUCCGGAUGGCCGACCUUCCCGAACGCAAUGACGCCUGGCGAGGUCAACGCAGGUCUUGUCCUCCCUUACGUCGCGCAAACCGUCGCGGGCAAGGCAGGCGCCGGCGCAAUCCUCGUUACAAUCUUCAUGUCCACCACAUCCAUUGCCUCGGCGCAGAUGAUCGCCACCAGCUCCAUCAUCUCCUUUGACAUCUACGGAACAUACAUCAACAAAGCACCCACAAACGCACAGCUCCUCCGCUGGUCACACAUCGGCGUCGUCUUCUCCUCGCUCUUCAUCUCGACGCUCGCAACGGCCUUCCACAAGGGCGGCGUCGAUAUGACCUGGCUGUUGUACAUGAUUGGCCUGCUCACGUGUCCCGGUGUCUUUCCCACGUGUCUUGCGCUGCUGUGGAAGCGGCAGACGAGGGCAGCAGCGAUUGCGGCUCCGAUCGUGGGCAUGGCCUCCGGUUUGGCGGUUUGGUUUGGGACGGCGUUUGCGUAUUAUGGGGAGAUUACGAUUACUUCGACGGGGGGGACGAUGCCUUGUCUUUUCGCGACGAUUACGGCUUUUGUCGUUCCGCUUCCUGUUACCGUUAUAAUUUCCCUGAUCCAGAACGAGGAAUUUGACUGGGCGAUUCUCGGACAGAUUGAGCAGGUUCGUCCGGACGAAGGGAAGACCGCUCUACCAGGCCGCACGGAUCAAGAAGUGGACGAAACGAGCCCGAGUUUCUUCAUGCCCGAACGAACAAAGUAUCUCAAGCUGAUGAGCCGCUGGGCAGCCUUCUGGGCGGCGUUUACCGUCAUCGGACAUGUACUCCUCUGGCCCGUGCCCAUGUUUGGGGCUAGGAUGAGUUUCUCGAAGAGUUUCUUCAUUGCGUGGGUUGUCAUCUCACUCUUAUGGUUGUGGUUUACGCUCGUCGUGGCGAUCUUCUAUCCGCUUGUUGAUGGCGGACUGCAGCAGAUGUGGGCUGUGCUCAAGAGGAAAAGGACUGGUGAGGACGUUAUAGAACGUGGUGAGAUCCAAGCAGCUGGAUCCUCUGCUGAGGAGGUUGGGGCUAUUACGAAAACUUGA